AUGGCAACAGGCGUAAAACCUCGUGAUGAAGAAUCUAAGCUUACGAGAGCCGAUCUUGAUAUCUUACAAGACGCCAUGAAACAUAAGAAGUUUCGAGAUUUGUUUGCCGAAUAUUGUGAAGAGAUACGUGACCCGGCGAAUCAAGCGGUUUAUCAAAAAGAAAUGACCCAGCUAGAGAAGGAACGAGGUUAUGACGUUACUUUUAUCAAUCCAAAAGGAGGUUAUGUGAUUAAAACAAGCGUAGCGGGUGAUCGGAAAGCUUUUAUUAAUAUCUGUAGCAACGAAAAUAUCGAUAAACCUUCGUGCAAAGUUCAAGAUAUUAAUGGACAAAAAGGUAUGAGCUGGCAACUCCCAUAUUCUCUUAUUCCGCCAAGGGAAGAUUAUAAUAACAAGAAGGAAAGAUGUGUUAUUUAUGACGUUGUUUUCCAUCCCGAUACAUUACGCAUGGCCGAGGUUAACAAGCGUUUCCGGGAUCUUGUAAAUAAAACUGCAUUUGAUGGUCUUCAGAAAUCAUAUGAAAUCCACUUAGAUAUUAAUAAUGUACGUUUUCCGAAGUCCUAUUACAAGGGUAUGUCUGUACCUGCAGUUAUCAGGAAAGAAGACCCCGAUUAUAAACCUACUGAAGAGACAGAAAAUAGUGAAGCAGAUCCUGAAGGCUUAGAAAAACUAUAUCCCCAACAUAAUUAUUCGCAUGACAAUAAUAAAAAUGAAUCUAAUACACCCAGUGAAAAGAUGAAGUCUGUAAAAUCUUCCAAUAUUGAUUUCACCCAUACCAGUGGCAAUGGAUAUACAGUACCUAAAUAUACAAUUAAACAACAGAAAAAUGUUGAUUUCCAAGAAUACACUUACAGCAAAGAUAGUAAACAGUACACAGCAAUUCCCAGUCAUAUUAUUGUGGAAAUUAACUUACCCUUGCUCUCAUCUACCAAAGACUGCAUUUUAGAUGUAAAAGAACGAGACUUAAACCUGACUUCAGAGAAACCAGCAAAAUAUAAACUUGAUAUUAAACUUCCUUAUACUGUUAAUGAAGACAGUGGUAAAGCACAAUUUGAUCAAACUAAACAUCUAUUAAUAGUUACAUUACCAGUGGUUAGAAGGACUUCUAAGAACAGUGAUAAAAUAGAUAGUGGUGUUGAAAGUGAAGAGUUGUCAGGGUCCCAUAGCGAGGAGGAGGGUAAAGAGGAGAGUAAUAAUUUAAUAGUGGAGUUUAAUGCUUCUUCAAUCAUUAUGACAUCUGAACCAGAUAACCAUCACCAUGAAAACGGCUUUCUUCUGCCAAACAUUGGCUAUAUUCUUCCUACAUACACAUACAAUGUGUUAGAUGAUAUAGUGGCUUUUACAUUUCAUGUUAAAAACACUGAUCCAGCAUCAGUGGCAGUUAAAAAUAUUGAUAAUAUUGUCGAAAUCAAGUUUACCUCCAUGGGUUCUGGAUUUGUUCCAGUUCAUUAUGCUGCCAUUCUGUCAUUUUGCCAUGAUAUUAAAUUCAAUGAUGCUAUUGGCGAGGCAUGGGACAAUAAUGUUAUCUUACAAUUAGAAGUUGCAGGCAAUGUGCCUACUGAAUUUGAAAUUGGUUUGAGCAAAGAGUCUAUGACAAAGGAGUAUUUAGAUGUCUCUAAAAUUAAGAUAACUAAACCUGAAGUAUGCGAAAGCUUGCCCAAGAUUCCUGAAGAUAGUGUUGCACCUGUAGUUGAAGUUACUAACUUUGGCAUAGAAACCAAUAUACUUUUAUCAAGUUCUAAUCAAAAAGAAUAUGAAGAUGAUGACACUAUGAAAGAAACUGAUAUAACCUGGAUUGAAACUGAAAAACCCUGUGAAAAUGGGGCAAAACCUAUUUUAAGGAAACCUAUUACAAUGAUGAGAAGUUAUUCUGAAUCAAGUUAUGGAGAUGUUGCAUCAUCCAUGGAUUACAUAAGUUCUGACUGUGUCCCAGAAGAGUCAAGCUUAAAAAAGACUGUUAGGUUUAAUAAUGUUAUUUCAAGACAAUUCUACAGAUAUAAUUCCUCAAUAGAAGGCCAAAAAAAGAAAAAUCAACGAAAAAAAAGUAAAAAGCGUAACCAAGAAAGAAGAAAAAGUGAGAGCGAAGCUGAAGAUGAUUCUUCAAACCAUCAGUCUAAGCCCCGUCUGAAGUCAGCCAUGAAAGAGCGUCGCGACAGCGGACUAGCAGACACUUCGGACGCCGAAGGUAACAAGAACAUGUCUGACAUUGACAUGUACAAUUCUGCCACCGAAACAGAUGAAAAUUGUAACGGAAACGAAUCUACUUCCGAGGAAUUUUACAAAAAAAUUAAUAUAACGUCCCAACGAGAAAAUAAUGUUAAGAAGAUGUCUAAAAAGGGUAAGCGCUUCGAUGAUGUCAAGCAUAAUACAGAGUUAUAUGAUCCUGACAAAUUGAACAAGGGUCAGUACUUGGAAGUGAAGUUUAAGAAUGAUCUCAUAUUUGAUUUAGACAUGUAA